CACCAUCGCACUUCUUACACGUUCAUGCAAAACACCCUCAGACGUCUAGCAACGAUGGCCAGCCAGAACCCCACCUACAUCUACAAGAUUCUCCCCUCGGCCACCGUCGACUCUCGCUUCUACUUCCCCACCCCGAUUCCGUCCUCGCACGAGUUCUUCCUCUCCGAGCUCGACUCGAAGGACGGCUUCGUGCACCUCUCCACUGCGCAGCAGGUCCCCGGCACCCUCAAGCGCUUCUUCGCCGACGCUGAGCAGGUCGCCAUCCUCCGCAUCGAGUAUGCGCGUCUCUCAGCCUGGAAGCGCGUGAGGUGGGAGCAGGCCGGUAACGGCGAGUCCUACCCCCACCUCUACGCUCUCCUCGAGGGUCAGGACAUUGACAGCUACAAGGAGAUCGAGCAGGGUGGUGACUGGGACAAGGCUCUUGCUGCCGUCAGCAACUGGCUUGUUUAAGUGUUUGGCUGUUGCUGCGCCUUGAAAGAAGCGAAAGAAGCCCGGUUCUUGCCCAGAGGCAAGCUGCCCUGGGUCUCCGUACACGCGAGUAGUGAUGUUAAACAUGAGAAUAUUG